AUGCCGAAGAGCAGCAGGGAGAGGUUCAACCCGGGGCCGUCUGUGCAGUUCUCCAAAAUGAAUGUGAUAAUUCCCUUCUCUCCGGAUGUACCGUGCGACAGUAACGGGCAGCGGAUGUGGUGGGCUUUCCUCGCCUCCUCCAUGGUCACUUUCUUCGGGGGUCUUUUCAUCAUUCUGCUCUGGAGGACCCUCAAAUACAUGUGGACCGUGUGCUGCCACUGCAAAGCCAAGAAAAAGGAUGUGCACCGUGUGAUGACCACCGAGGCGGCGAAGCGUGGAGAGAAGGACGACCCAGGGGCCAGUGAGGUCGGCUGGAUGACCUCUGUGAAGGACUGGGCAGGGGUCAUGAUCUCAGCCCAGACGCUCACUGGGAGAGUCCUGGUCGUCCUGGUCUUCGCCCUCAGCAUCGGCGCCCUGGUCAUCUACUUCAUCGAUUCCUCUGAUCCCAUCGAAUCCUGUCAGAACUUCUACAAAGACUUCACGCUGCAGAUCGACAUGGCCUUCAACGUGUUCUUCCUGCUCUACUUCGGACUCAGGUUCAUCGCGGCCAACGAUAAGCUGUGGUUCUGGCUGGAGGUGAACUCUGUGGUCGACUUCUUCACGGUUCCUCCGGUGUUCGUGUCCGUGUACCUCAACAGGAGCUGGCUCGGUGAUGUGGAGGAGAGCUGUACAGGUGUUUGUGGUCCGGGGUGGAUCCCAGACCGGGGUGGAUCCCAGACCGGGGUGGAUCCCGGGGCCUCAGCGGGUCUCUCUGUGUGUGAGGUUUACAUGUUGUCUCUCUAUAGAGUGGAGGUGAAGGAGGUGGAGGAGGUGGAGGAGGUAGAGGAGGGGAAGGAGGUAGAGAAGGUAGAGGAGGAGGAGAUGGUGGAGGAGAUAGAGGAGGUGGAGAAGGUAGAGAAGGUGGAGAAGCUAGAGGAGGUGGAGGAGGUAGAGGAGGUGGUGGAGGCGGAGGAGGUGGAAGAGGUGGAGGGGGUAGAGAAGGUAGAGGAGGCGGAGAAGGUGGAAGAGGUGGAGGAGGUGGAGGGGGUGGAGGAGGUGGAAGAGGUGGAGGAGGUAGAGAAGAUGGUAGAGGCAGAGGAGGCGCGAGGUGGCAAGGAGGCAGAGGCGGUAGAGGAGGUUGUGGCGGCGGAGGAGGUGUAUGAGGUGGAGGAGGUGGAGGAGAAGCUCAUGCACUUCUCAGAUGUGACAAAACCUCCGUAG